AUGGACAGCAUCUUCGCAGCGGCGCGAUCGAACGAUCUGCCUGCCGUUCAGCGCAUGCUGGAAGAAUUGUCUGGCAACGGCGACGACAACUCGGUCGCGUUCGACGUAAACAGGCUCGUGGAAAGUACUACCCACAACACUCUCAUGCACAUUGCGUGCUCCAACGGGAACCUGAACGCGUGCAAGUACCUGUCCAUGCAUGGCAUGUACUUGAACGAGCCCAACAAGCGCGGCCAUACGCCACUGUUUUAUGCAGCAGACUGCGGCAAUCUCUCGCUAGUCAAGUGGAUGGUCUCGAACGGCGCCGACAUUGACACGGACUACAGUCGCAAAGCCACGACAAACGACGACGAUCGGCGGUACGACCUCGCAUUCACACCGCUUCAAGUCGCGUGCGUCAAGGGCCACCACGACAUUGUCGACUUUCUCGUCGAAUGCAACGCCGAUUUAGGGGGAAGCGCGCUGUACGGUGUCACCGCGCUGCACUUUGCCUGCCACCAGAGCCAAAAGGACAUUGCCAAGGUUCUUCUGGACGCCGGCGCGGACAUGCAUGCAGCUGACGCAGCCGGGGCGUCUGCGAUGGACAUUGCGUCGGGCGACACGCUGGCGUUCUUGACCGCGUACGACGCGAACGGCGGCGGCGGCGCCAGCACUGGCGACGAAGACGACGGUCCUCGAUCUCCGUUUGACCAAGACAGACGACGACCAUCGACGACCGCGAUCGACGGACCGGACAUGGCCAGGCUUGUCCCUGACUGCAUUGGCAAGGCGUUUGGGGCAGAUGUCGCGCGAUCGCUGGCAAGCCACGAAUGGAAGGCACGGCAGCAAGCGGUGACAGAAGUCGGCCUCGUUAUGGCGCAGCACGCUGGCGCAGCACGACUGUUUGACGCGGCGUGCCACGUGGUCGUCGUCGCGAUCAAGGACUCGGUCGGUCAAGUGUGUGCCGCCGCGAUGCCGCUCGUCAAAGCCGCGUUCAACUCGGUCCUGUCCAGCAGCACGUUCCACACCCCAGGAUAUCACACAAGCCACCCGUUGAUCGGGACGAUCUUGGAUGCGCUGCUGGCACGGGCGGCGGGCUCUCACGAGCGGGACGCGAGCGAUGCGGUGACGUCGCUCCUCUUCUUGGCGUGUAAAAGCGCGCACGCCACGCAGCACAUGGUGCGGACGAUGCAGGGCCAGCUUGGCGGUCCUUCAACGUCGAGCGCCAUGACGGCGGGAGGAUGGCGUCAGCAACUCGUCAACAUUCGACUGCUGACGGCGAUUGCGAGUCAGUAUCGAUUCGCGGCCGAGAGCGGGCUCUCGUUUGCUGACGCGAUGGCCGUGAGCUCUCAAGCUCUGGACCAUUCCAGCGUGAAAGUGCGGUCGGCGGCCGUGGAUCUAGUCGUCCAAGCCAUUGUCGUCGCCAGCGAGCAAUCGGGUCUGCCAGGCACUGCCGCCGACGGUGUGGCGGAUCAAGUGGUCCAGUAUGCCGACUCGCUUGUGCACCAGUAUUUGGGCAGCCAUGUCAAGGCAAGCGUCGGGGCGAACAUCCACAAGAGUCUCCGCGCUGCGUUGGGCAAUUCGAAGCGGCUGAGCCGAGGCGCCAUCACGCCAGGCAAAGCGUCCGAGGUGCACGAGCCACUGGUCCACGCCAAGCCACGAAACCCACCUGAGGCCGACGACUGGUCGGAUGCAGACUUGCCAUACGCUGAGCCUGUGCAAGAACAAUGCAAAGCCCAGGCGGACGGAAUUUCGGCGGCGUUUGGAGACAAAGUAGCGCGGUGUUUGUUUUCAAAUGCGUGGGCACCGCGGGUCGAAGGGCUCAGCUACCUCCAGAAACUCCUCCAAGCCAAGCGGUGCGACAUGUCGGCGGCCACGAUUGCCGCGUUUGACACGGUGCUGCAAGCCGCGGUCAGCGAUCGCGUUAACGCUGUGUACGAAGCAGGGCUGUCGUUGCUCAUGGAGUUUGUGCUUGCGUACGGCGGGUCGGCCGCCAGCAACUCGGUCAAGCCACUCCAAGACUGCCUUCGACCGGUCGUCUCGCGCCUUGUCCUCAAACUGGGCGACUCCAAGCAACGGCUCCAGGUCGUCAGCGAAGACGCGCUGUUGUUCAUGGCGCGGCAGCCGUUAGUUGGACCGGCGUUUGUCUUGGACGCCAUGCCGUCCGUGCCAGCGCCAUCGUCGUCGUUGCUGGCAAACAAACUCAACGUGGUCGGCAAGUUGCUCCUCGAGUUUGGUGUGCACGAAUGCGGCGGCGGCGGCGUGCUCGGUCUCAAGCAUGCGCUCCAGCCCGCGCUCGCGGCAUGCGAGCACAAAGACGCUGCCGUGCGCCAAGCCGUUUAA